AUGGAAGCGCGAGAUCGUCUCCUCAACACUCCUCUCAUGUACGCAGCGAGAUACGGCAGACUGUCUGUCCUCGAGAAAUUGUUGCUCAUGGGGGUCACGGUCAACGCUCUCAACGCGGACGGCAAGACUGCGCUCAUGCACGCGGCGGAGGAAGGAAAGGCUGCAUGCAUGGUGAAGCUGCUGCGAGGAGGAGCAGAUCCUCACCGCAAGGUGUACGGGAUGGAUGCGAUGGCGCUGGCCAGGACGAGGGGGCAGGUUGAGGCGGCAAGGGUGAUGGAAGGCUGGAUGGAAGAGGAGGAGGCACGAAUACGGUGA